AUGUCUGCCGCCGGGCUCGUGGUACCCGCGCUCGACAGCACCCUUGGCGCCGCCUUUCUCGGCCACUUUGUCUCAGCUGUGCUCUACGGCCUCACGACCCUUCAAGCAUACACCUACUACCGCAACCGUUCUUCGGAUGGGUGGUUUACUCGGUACUCGAUCCUCCUCCUCUGGCUCCUCGAUGGCCUUCAUGUCACGCUGGUCACCCACACCAUGUAUGUUUACUGCGUGUCCAACUUUACGAAUCUCUUGGCCAUCCAAAAGCCUGUCUGGUCCAUUUGUGUCAUGAUCAUGGUGUCAAGUGCAAGCAAUACCCUUGUUCGAGCUUGCUUCGCGUACCGAAUAUACAAACUUGGGGGUGGAAGGUGGAUCAUUCCUGCUGUUAUCGCCAUUUGCUCAGCCUACGUCGAAAUCGAUGCCACCUACUUCGCGGUGAAAUUACUGGGCCUCGACAGUUAUGCACAAAUCAGUAAAUUUUCCUGGGGUCUCUAUGCUGGCCUUUCGGUUGAGGUCGCUGUCGACCUCAUCGUCGCGGCCACUCAGGUCCUGCUGCUGCAAAGCUACCGAACUGGUAUCCGCAAUACGGACAACCUCAUCGCGAGUCUUAUGGCAUACAGCGUCAACACCGGUUUGCUGACAAGUUUCUGCGCACUCGGCGCGCUUGUGUCGUACGCCGUCGCGCCACACAAGUUUAUCUACUUCGCGUUCUACUUCGUUCUGAGCAAGAUGUACAUCAACUCGUUGCUCGCGACGUUGAAUUCUCGCAGUCUCGUGCGCAAGACCCGGCCCGCCGGCAAGUUCCGGACCGCAGGCACGUCAGUGGACCCUACGCACGGCGGCGUCGAGUUCACGACUGUGAUUACGGCAGGAAUAAGCUCAUCAGACAUGGACGAUGCUGUGAUCUCCUCAUCCGGGACGCAGCUCGACGAGGAGAGGGGGAAGCACCCGAAGUUCGGGCGUUAG